GUCGCAAUGACGGACCAAAAAAAAGGUUGUACGGAAAGAUGGCGCUGUUCAUGGACACAAGAUUAUUACUGAGAAAAGUGAAAGAUUUAAGAUUUUUCACGCCAAGACGAAACCGAGUAAAGACAAAAUGGGCUGCCACACCUACCAAGCACCCUCCCACCAGUCUGUCUCUGCAGCACUUUGAUGCCACUUACAGCGUCCAGCUGGGGCAGUUGUGGCCAUCGGUCCGAGCCGCUAUGCUGUCAGAGAGGAAGUACGGAGCCCUGCUCAAUAACUUUUCCCAUGAUGCUAUUCUGGCAGAAUUGGAAGCCCAGGGAUGUAGAAACCUCCUAAGUGAUACAGAUACAAAAGCUCAUCUAUGUUUGGAACAAGAAUCUGAGGUUGUGGCCGGUGUGGAAUACAGUGGUGUUUCCAUAUCAAAGACAUCGGACAUCGAUGGUCACAAGCUAUCGGCCCUACACCUCAGUCCUCACAUCAAGUGCUUCGUGUUUCCAAGAGGAGAUAUCACAAGAUUCAAACCCGCUAGACCAGACGUUUGUGGGUUGUUGGGUUACUAUCUGAUGGACGCAGCAUCAGUGCUGCCUUGUCUCGCACUGGAUGUCCGAGAAGGUCACAAUGUGCUUGACCUCUGUGCUGCUCCAGGAGGCAAGACCCUGGCUUUACUUCAGACCCAGUCUGUUGGUUUUUUGUGCUUAAAUGACGCCUCAGUGUCUCGGACAUUACGACUGAGAAGAGUCCUCAACAGCUACAUUCCUAAGUCGCUUUUAACUGACCAGAAUCUACGCAUCACCUCCUUUGACGGCACCAAGUGGGGGGAUUUCGAAAGAAACACUUUUGACAGAGUCCUUGUUGACGUCCCCUGCACCACAGACCGACAUUCACUGACGGAGGAUGAAAAUAAUAUAUUCAGUAAGAGCAGGACCAGUGAGAGAAGACGACUCCCGCAGCUGCAGCUGGAGCUACUGAUGGCGGGAAUCGCAGCUGCUUGUCCAGGUGGGGAAAUUCUUUACUCCACCUGCACACUUUCUCAAAUCCAGAACCAGAGUGUGGUAGAACAGGCCGUCUACGUGGCUCGAGAGAACCACGGCAUCAAUCUUCAGGUUGUUGAUCUGCGACCCCUCACGCACAUGCUCAGGAAAACAUUUCACUUUGCUCCUGACCUCCACCUCGGUGAGAUGGUCAUCCCCCACUUAGCAGCAAACUUUGGCCCCAUCUACAUGUGCAAGUUGAGGAGGCUCUCCUAGACCGCGAGAGCUUUGCCUAAAAGCUUGUGGACUUGUGUUACGGUUUUAUGGACAAAGGUUGAUGGAGGAAAAUUGACAGAACAUCUUUCAUCAUGCUGGUGGACUUUUGAAACAUUAGACACUAGACAACGGUGUGGUAAAUGUGACAAAACCAUGAUAUUAUCAUUGGGUUGUGCAUUGAACGGCAGUGUUCUAUGGAACCUUUUGUUCUCAAACAGCAGGAACAUUUAAUUCAAUUUAUGGGAGUCUUUUAGUUAAGUUAAAACUCAAGUUUUUGAGUCAGCCAGCUUUGCAAUGUGUCUUUUUAAUUCUAGCUUCACUUUUUCACCUGUAGGUGGCAACAGCAGCUCAAGAUUAAAACUAUCCUGUGCACGCUGGAAUACCUUAAAGGUCUGUUAAGGUUAUAUGUUGACAAAAGAUCCAGCAUGCAUAUCCUUAGACUUCUCAUUAUCGAAACACAUAUUUGCAUCAGAAUUACCUGCUCUCUUUGAGCCCCAAAUGAAAACGCUAUUGGCUUGUUCCAUGGUUAUUCAUCAGGUCUGAUGGCUUUGUCUGAUAAUACGUUAUGUGGGUGUAUGGAAGAAGGGCAUAAUGAACACGCAGGUAAUGACUUGUUUGACCAUUUGGUUUCAAAUAUCUGAAUCUUCCAAACUUUCAUUAUUUUAUCUGGAUUGACUCUGCUUUGCAUUGACAUUACUCAGAGUUGAAAUGUUUCCUCUUAUCACUGCCUAAUGUGAGCAGAGAGGUGCCUCUCUUUCCAUCACACCACCGAUGACCCUUUAUGUGAUCCUGGCCAGGCAAUGUAGCGUGAAAAGGGUGCGCGUGUGUGUGUCUGUGUCUGUGUCUAACGAGUCCACCAUCCACACCCCUCUGUCAUUAAGCUGCUCCAAGUGCAGGAGCCGACUCCCAUCCCCGUGCAGGGAUGGACGGCAGCCAUGCGGCUCCCCAGAUGAACAUUAAAGAGGCAGCAGAGAGCUAAAAUGGGACAUUUCGCCCUGUUUUGCCCCUUUGCUGUUCUGUUCCACAGAUGAGUGCAGAUAAUUUUCUGUGCGAUUGUGAGUGAUUACUGUAUUACUGUGGUAAAAGGGGGAUGUAUCUGGGAAUGCGGAGGGAAUUAAUGACACAUAAAAACUCUUUUUGUGUUGACUGCUUUCGUCUCCAGGGCCUUGAAUGCCUCCUCGCGCAUCUUGUGAUUACCUAAACGUAUUGUAAAUAUGUGUUUCCUAUGCGCUCUUACAUAAAUUUACAUGUUUUAGCACUCUGGAGACGGCAGACUGUUAGAGAUGAGUUACUCUCUAUUCUGCCUAUAGACUUGACUCGCUGCCUCCUCUUAUUAUUGAAUAAGCCAAUGAACCAUUCUGAAUUUGUGUCCCUGUGUGUAAGCCUGUGUUAGGGAAACAUAUUCUUUGUAUUAAAAAGAUGAACAUUAUGGAUUUAACUACGCA